AUCCACCAUUGUUCUAAUCAAAAUGUCAAGUCCUGGCUCAACAGCAGAUCAGGAUGAAAUCAAAAAGACAAACAAGAGACGGGCUAUUAUACAGUCAGACGAUGAAGGAGAUGAGGCAGGACCUUCAGGCUCACCAAAAGUAGAUAAACAAGCAGAAAAGAGUGAUAACGACGACAACGAUGACGAUUUGUUCGGAAAAGAUGAAGCUGCAGAUGACGAUGAUGAAGAUGCAAUCAAACCAUCCGGUCGGGCGAGGCGGAAAGUAGACUCUUCUUCUCCAGCUGCAGUUUCUAGAGAAAGAUCAAGAUCGCCUACCGCAUCAUCACAAGGCGUGGUCGAUCCAAGAGAAUUCCGGGAAAUGUCAGCUGAAGCACCGAUGGGAUAUCGAGAAGGUGCAGAAGAAGAACAACGUGAAGUGCAAGAAGCAUCUUUCAGUCUUCCAUCUUUACCUGUCAGAAGAGGUGCAGCCCACUUUUACGCACGUUUGCCUAAUCUGUUGCAAUAUCGUGCCGAGGCUUUCGAUGUUGAAAGUUUUGAUGAAAAAUUGGAAGAUGAAAUGCUACAAAACAGAGAAGGUAUCAGGAUCGAUGAUGAAGGAUUGCGAAGCUUGUUGACGACCAGUAACACGAUUCGAUGGAGAUGGUCCAAUAAACGUGACUCAAAUGGCGUUCGUAAACCCGAAUCAAACGCUCGUGUGGUGAGAUGGAGCGACGGCACUUCUUCUUUGCAGCUGGGAUCUGAAUUUUACGAUAUCACAACUACAUCCGAGAGAGUACAGAACAAGACAUCGUCGCAACCUCAAACGCAAUCAUCUUCUCAAUCGCAACAGGCAACUGUUGCACCUUCAGCAUCCAUCAUACCACCACAACCCGUUCAACAUCUCACACAUUUAUUUGUUAAACAUGAUGGACAAGAUCAGGUGAAUAUGUUCCAAGCAGAAGCACCAAUUAUGGGUAGUAUGACAUUCAGACCAACGUCAAUCUCAUCUGAAUCUCAUCAAAGGUUAGCAAAAGCCGUUCGUCAACAAAGAGGAACGCUGGUCAAAGAAACUGUAACGAAAGAAGAUCCAGAAUUGGUUAAAAUACGUGCAGAAAAGGAAGAAAAGUUCAAACGACAAGCUAGAUUGCGUGAACAGCGUAGAAUUCGUGCAGCCAAAGGAGGUGCAGAUGAAGAGGAUGAUGAUGCAUUUUGGGCAAGUGCGGGACGUGCAGUACGAAAGCAUGGUGCUCCUGGUGCGGCAAGAGCUGGCGCUACGGCCUCUCAAGCAGCAUUGGAUGCUGAUUUAGAUGCUGUGGAUGAUGUAGAAGGUGCAGUAAUCGAUGACGAUGAUGGAUUCGUCGUUGAUGAUGAGGACGAAGAGGAUGCUGAAGGCGAAGACGACGAAGGAGACGGUGAAGGUGAGAUGGAGGUUGAUGAACCAGAUGAAAUGGACAGAAUGGAAGCAGAGAUGGAAAAACAAGAAGCACUAAGAUUAGCAAACAAGGCCAGCAAUGGAGCAGCACCAGCCAGUACGGAUGCACCGGCAGGAGCCGAAACAGAAGCCACCUCGACAGCAGAUGCUGCUGGUGCUAGCGCUCGUCGUCGUCGUAUCGUAGAUAGUGAUGAUGAAGACUAGGCUUAUUGUAGAAGUACAUCGUAUUGUCAGCAGAGGUGUCCAAGAAUGAUUAUGUAUAGUACAGAAAUGUCUCAAAGA